GUCAAGUAGAGACAAGUGUCAAAUCCGAUUCAAUAUGAAAUUGCAUUGAAGAAAUAAAUAUCAAAUUUAUUUGGAUGCAAAUUCAAAAUUAACUAUUUGAUAUCUAAAUCCUGUAAACAAAAUCCAAAAUGGUUCCUGGAGCAUUGGCUUAUUCUAUUUUCAAAACUUUGUCUAAGUCAAGUCAACCUUUCUGUAAGCUAGUAAGACAUCAAAGUCCAAAAUUACUUGGAUGUCAUUUUUAUGCGACUCACAAGAGAUUUUAUCGUCGUACUGAAAUUAUUCAAAACAAUGACAAAUGGGAAAUAACAUUAGAUCAUCGCCGACUAAAAACUCCUAAUGGGAAAGUACUUAAAGUUGGUAGUGAACAAUUAGCCAGAGCUAUUGCGGCUGAAUGGGAUGCACAAGAUGAGACUAUUGCACAGCCUUCUAUGCACUUGACAGCAUUAUGCAACACAGCAUUGGAUAAUCCAGGAAAAUUGACUUCACAUGAUAUAACAACAUAUAUGAUUGAAUAUCUAAGCACAGACACACUGUUUUUUUAUUCAGAUGAAGAAAAAGAUUUAAGAGUAUUACAAGAACAAAAGUGGGGUCCAGUGUUGGAAUGGUUUGAAAAAAGGUUUGGUAUCAAACAAGAGAUAUCUCACGACCUGGAGCCUCCUCCAGUCAGCAUCAAGACGAGAGAGGCGUUGGCGCGUCAUUUUCUGUCUUAUGAUUUUGCAGCAUUAAAUGCGUUUACAUUUGGAAUGGAGGCAUUAAAAUCGCCUGUGCUGAUGUUGGCAUGUGUUGAUCGCUACUUGGAACCAACUGAGGCUGUGCUGCUCUCCCGACUGGAAGAGGAAUAUCAGUUAGUGCGCUGGGGGCGCGUGCCGUGGGCGCACGAGCUGAACCAGGCGGAGCUGACGGCGCGCGUCGCCGCCUCCUGCCUCGUCAUACACGCCGCCGUUGAGAAAAAUUCCCUCUCCGUUAAGAACCGCAGCGAGCAAGGAUCAUAAAUUAUGUUUUGUUAUUUAGUCAGUAAAUUAAUAAUUGAUUGUAAUUUAGAAGAUUAAAUUGUUUCAAUAAUU